UUUCCACACUUGUAGGCAUAACAGCAACCUUGAUAAAAUUGUAAACUGUAUUUCUAUAAUAAGAUUGUACUUUCAUGUAUCCUGUUGCCUGUAUUUAUUACAGCUGCACCAUUAAAGUCUGCUGCUUUUUAAAGGAAGACCCAGUUCUUGCAGAAAAUGCAUAGUGGAAUUUGACACGGCUGCCCUUUUGGAUUAGGGUCCUGGCUGUCAUUCUGCAGUCUGAACUGUUGCGCUCAUUUCUUCUUUAAAAGGGUGAAGAAAACAGAUGUAAGAACACCGAUUGUCGUUUUGGGGACAUUUCGAUAAAUAUAUUUAUGUUUGGUGUGCUGCUAUUACCACUUCAGAGGUGCAGGUUCAGCAUUUGCCGGCGAUCUAAUUAUUUUGGUUUACCCAGCUAGCAGUGUCAGAAAGAAAAAGAAAUGGCUGCAGUUCAGAGGAACCCCAAGCAAGAGAUGGUUGCUGAAUUACACGACCUGGCUGCGAGAGGAGAUGUUGUUAAGCUAGCAGCAUUUAUUAGUCAUUCUGCUUCCUUGGCUAAUGAAACCAGUGAAAAUGGCUGGACAGCUCUGAUGUAUGGGGCCAGGAAUGGGCAGUUUGAUGUUGUAAAGAUACUUCUAGAAAAUGGGUGUGAUAGAGCUGUCAUCAAUAAAUCAGGGCAGACAGCACUAGACAUUGCUAAAUUCUGGGGCCACAAGCACGUUGCAAAUCUGCUGUCCAAUGCCAAAAAUGUGCAUGGUCCUUCAUUUCUUCCUUCUGGUGGUGCAGAACAAGAAAACUACUUCAACAAAACCAUCUUAGAUAGAUUCAGUCACAAAAGGGCAGAUCUUGACUGGUUAAAACUGAAACAAGUUGAACCAUUCACAGUUUACAUUCUUUUUUCCAAUUUAUACCCAUUAGUUUGUUCCAGUAGUGCUGGAGACAUUUCCACCUAUUCAAAAAUCUGCCUUUGCAGGCUAAAGUAUGAGGAUGUGAAAGAAAUUUUGGACAAACCUGAAAAAAUUACUGUGAUUUUUCUUGGUGUAGAGAAGCAAACUAGCGAAGCCUCUUUGAAGUCCUUGACAAACCAUGUUUUAAAGGGAGGAGAUGGCCUUGUUUCUUGGUUUGCACUAGAAGCAGAUGGCAUUUCAGUUGACCAGUUUAGAGGCAAGCAUCCUACCUGUCACAUUCUUUCAUCUGCUAGGUUAAGUCUGCUGCAGCUGGUGGAUGAAGAAGCCGGUGUUGUGGCACAAGCAAGGUCAGUUCUUGCCUGGCAUAAAAGGUAUGGAUUUUGUCCUACUUGUGGAAGCCCCACUAAAAUUGAAGAGGGAGGUUAUAAGAGGACCUGUUUAAAAGAUGACUGCAGUAGCCAUAAGGGUGUUCAUAACACUUCCUACCCACGAGUCGAUCCAGUUGCAAUAAUGCUAGUAAUACAUCCUGAUGGGAAUCAGUGUCUUUUAGGCAGAAAGAAAGUGUUCCCUGCUGGGACGUUUUCUUGUCUUGCAGGAUUCAUUGAGCCAGGAGAAACAAUAGAAGAUGGUGUUCGACGUGAAGUAGAGGAAGAGAGCGGGGUGAAAGUUGGUCAUGUUCACUAUGUAUCAUGCCAGCCUUGGCCAAUGCCAUCCUCCUUGAUGAUUGGCUGCUUGGCCGAAGCAGUGUCAACAGAUAUUCAUGUCGACCAAAAUGAGAUUGAGGAGGCUCGGUGGUUCACCAGUCAGCAAGUUGUUGAUGUUCUUGUUAAAGGAGAGCAGACUUCUUUCUUUGUGCCUCCAAGACAAACUAUUGCACACCAGCUCAUAAAGCACUGGAUUGGAAUGAACGCAAAUCUUUAAUUUCACGUUUUGUAAACAAAUGCAUUACUUUGUAUUUUAGAGUUAUAAAAGUAAGUAUGCUAUUAGGCAUUCUAAUUAAAAGAAGUUUAAGUUUGCCAGUAAAUCAACAGACAUAUCAAGCCCUUUCUUUUGGAACAUCUGCAAUGAGUAAUCACUUGGUUACUACUUUUCCUAUGCCCUCUCACAUGACUUCUCAAAUUUUUUAACUCCUAUAGUCAUGGCAAGGCAAGCCCGCUUUGCCCUUCACGGACAUCCCCACAGAUAGGUUAUAUGGCAUGCACACCUCAUUGGCCCUUCAUUUCUAUCCAGAUGUUUUCACAGUUUACAUCUCAUAAUGCUGAGUACAGGAAUAGGCUUGUUCAAUGCCUAAAUCACAUAGAUCUUCAAAGUGUUUUUGCAGUUACUAAAAUUGCAGAUCAGACCAACCAUAUAUAUACCCUCUUCAACCUGGGUCCCCCUACUAUGCUGACAAUUGUUGCCUUUGCCAUUAUUUCACCUUAAAAAGAAAAUCAUCCCCAUUGUCCCAGUUAAGGCAUGUGCAACAACAAAUAUGAACAAAAAAUUGCUAAGUUAAAAUCACUAACAAACAGGUUUCACUUAUUUCUGCUGGCAGAAAUCACAGUGUAAGCAUGUGUAUUCUCUCCACACAGAACCUGUCAGCAGAAGAAGCAUUUGUUACAAAGUGCUUAUAUCUUUUUCCAUAUUGUGUAGUGGAUAUUAACACUUUAGAUAUGGUAACUUAAACACGUUUUAUCAGAAAGUAAGUAAUUGUAAUAAGACUGCUGUUUGUAAUGUGAAAAAAUAUGUAAAUGAGAUAAUAUAUAUAAAAAGUAUAAGAAAGGUCCCAAACUAUGUAUUACUGCAGAAGAAGAACAAUAAGCAGAAAAAUAAUUCUUUCCUUACUUUGCUGGCAGGAGUUAAGCCAGCUGUGACACAGCUUUGUGUUUCAGCAAUUCCUAUAAUUGGUCAGAGGAUAUACCCUGAGAUUUAGUAACAUGCCUACCACAACUGCACAAUAGAUGCUGAGAGGCAUGAAGGAAUUUAAACUUAACAUCUUGAGCAUUAACCAGUUAAGAAACCCAACUGCAGAAAUGACAGUGUCUAUGGGGAGAGAGGUGUUUUAUGAGCGUACCUAAGGAAUUCUCAAAUAGCAGUGCCACGUUGUGUGCAUGCAAGUAUGCUUGAGCACAAUAUCUCAAUUCUGCUAAAAGCUGCAAGCUACAAUAACUGACUCCCACCAAUGUCUCUGAAGUUUUCUCAUUGUAAUGGGAGUAAAGAAAAGUCAGAAGGGGCAAGCAGAGGAACAUGUACAAGGACACAGGGAAGAAAAGUGCAAAAAUUGGGGGAAGGAUAUAUUUUUGGGGAUAGGUGCCCAUUUUCUUUUUAUAUCAAGAAGAAUAGAUGGUGAAGGAAGUAAAGGGAAGUCAGGAAAUGAAACAAAGGUAGAGGUUUGGAAGCAGGGCUACUCAAACAAACACAAAAUACUGACAAAGCCCAACAAGGAGGUGCUGACACACAGGGCUUGGGUAACAAUGUAAAAUAUACAGAUACUGACUGAGGGACAACAAAUGAUGAUGAGGAAGAUUGGACAAUAAGUGGGGGAUGUGACACACAAGGAAGGGAGACACCUUAAUAAGGGAUAGAGUGGGGAUCCAGCACCUGAUCAAUGCUGCCUGGCCUUGAUCCAGGAUGAGGUCAGUCACCACCAUGAUUGCCCUCCCCAAUAGGACCUGUCUCAAAUGGUAAAUCAGGCAGUGUCAAACAGCAGUGUGACUCUGCUAACCACACAAAAGCCCUCUUAAGGAGGCCAUGUGGGCAUCAAGCCUCUGGUCCACAAACUUCCUCCAGCUCCCACUGGGUAAUGAACUGUAAUCCAGUGGCUGCAUCACCAGAGGAUACUACAGCACUUCCCUACAGUGAUCGACCACUAGAGGCCAUCGGACAUACCUCCAUCUCACACCCUGUUGCAGGACCCCUUUCAUCCAAUGGAGAAAGGCUUGGAGGCUGAUGGUGAGCUGGCAGGAGAUGGAUGGACACUGGAGUGGAGACUGCUGCCACACCACACAUACAGCUGUGGCAGAUACUGCAUAAAACAGCAGUAGAAAUGGGAAGAAGAAAAAACCAGCAAGGAGAAAUAUAAAAGAAGGACAGUGACAGAGAAAAUAUUACUGUCCUGUCUAUGCAUGAUGAACAGCUUUUGAGGUAACUGCAGGUGGACUGAUCAGCUGCUAGAUUUGCAAGUAUACCAGACCCCAUAAUUCCGAUGGAGUACAGAAUGUUAAAUGUCUAUAUUGGAAGAUGUGUGUACAAAGGUGCAGUAGCAUCAUCAUCAUAACCUUGGCCUGGGUGAGGGUAUAGCAAUGUCAGGAGGGUGCUGUUGGCUGUAAGAGGCCAUGGGGGUUGUCCUAUUUCAGUAUGUUGUAUGGAAUAUGGACAAAGACAGGCCAUGCAUACUUUAGACAGUAUUAGUAUGUGUGCAGGCCAACACGUAUAUGGUGCCACUGAGGAGUACCAAAGCCAGACAAUCAAGUGAUAGCAGCACAGGUAGUGCCAUCAUAUGGUGAGCAGCCACCAUAAUGAAGGUGGCUACGCACCAUGGGACAAAACUCUAGUAUAUACAAAUUCCACUGGUAUGGCUGCUGGAAGUGGCACCUACAUGGGUAUAUGGUGGGCUGACGAUCAGCCCAUAUGAUGAAUGCCUACCUGGUCUGUUGUAAGCCCUCCUGCUCUGUGGCAGCAUCCACAGUGCAGAACUGUAACAACAGCCCUGCAUGUCAGGCAAUAUGUGGCAGUGGCCUUGUGGUAUGGACAGACUAAGAUGGAUAUCUGUAUGCAAAUGUGGAAUUUUAGAAUCUCCUGAACAUGCAGUGUGCAUGUGGGUAGCAUGCCAGUAUACAUGCAUACAUAUGCUGUGCCCAGCAGUAUAAAGCACUGCUACUUGUGGGUGUUAUGGGUACCUCUACCGAAUUGUAGCAGUGAGUAAUACAAUGCGGCCAUGGCAUACAAAAUUACCUAUAAGAUGACAGGCAGCAUACUCACUCCUGUCUUUGGAGAGACAGUCCAUUCUACUCUAAUGCAGGAGCUUAUUGUGUACAAUCUGCUCCUGAACUGAAAUUACAUGUAUCAUGAAUUAAACUUCAUGCAAGGGCCUUUUCAAUUAUAUCUGAGAUAACAGGCAAUAACAUUCCCUGCAUACUUACUAUGCAUCUCAGGUGCAUUGUCUCUGACCUUUUCUUCCCAUCAACACAGAAGGUCAGAAUGGUGCCUCCACAGGUCACUGUAAAAGUGUCAGCACUGCUCAUCAGAACAACUGAUGCUGGUAGCAGAAGUCACUGCUCUGGAAGGAUUGUGCCAGGCAAUUGCUUUAUACUGGGGACCAUCAUAAGAGUGCCUCAGCAGGUGCUCCCAGUGGUCUCUGUAUGUAACGCACAGAAAUAUUUUACUUUCUUUGGAGCACCACCUGGGUGCUUUGCCAUCCUCAUUACCACAGCUAUGUAGCAAGUCACAAUCUAGAUAAAAAUGGUAGCCAUCUUGUGUCUACACAUGUUGUUAGUGUGGAUGGUGCUCAUCUUCCAGCACCUCAUUAUUGUAACCAGUCAUGGUGGGGGAAUAUAAUGUUAGGGUGUAGAUUAUGGCAUGUAAGGAGUAUGUUUCUAUUUUUGCACUUUAACUCCUUUACAGGCCAUAAUAUGGCAACAAUUUUCCCCACCCAUGCAUGCACACAGCAUGCAGGUACUUGUGCAAAUACAUGAUGUUGAAGAAGCCUCAUAGAGCAGCCUAGGAUAAGUGCACUAUGAAGUAAAAAUGUGUUUCAGGAAGAUUCAUUGUAAAUAAGAUCAUUAGCAUACUGGCCAUGUUAAGAGCCUUGAUGGGCAAUAAAAACAGCUGUGACUAUUUGUGUGCUGAUUGCAUGACAGAACUUUGCCAUAGAGGAAUCUGUGGAGUGAGAAAACACUAAAGUAAGCAGAAACUCUCUCAGAUACAACCAGUCAGGAGAGGUAAGUGACUGGGAGUGGUACUGUAAUUACUUUGGUUGUUUGCUGAACUGCAUGACACUGUGUUGGGGUAUGGGUUGAACUAAUGGGUACAACUAUCAACAGGUGCAUACUGGGUGGGGUAAUAUGAAUAUGGGUAGGAAUUUAUGCAGGUGAUGUAAUGGCUUAACUGCAAAACAGUAUUGUUUGACAUUUGUGUUACUACACGGGAGAUGUGGGCCCUGAUCAUGCUGAAAUGCAUGUUUUCUGAGGGGUAAUUUUGGAUUCUAUGUAACUCUUUUUUACCCCUAUAUGAUGUGGUGUCCUGUAAGGGAGGGUUACAUCUGUUAGCUGGGCAGUACUCUGUGUAAGCCCUCUGAGUACUUCAAGCUUGUCUGUUGAGGGGGCAGUGAUACAUUAACUGUAAUUAUUGCUUUGUGGGGAAAGUGGUUGGGAAAGUUGUCACCUCCAAGGGUCAAGCAAGCAGUGGGGCUUGUACUCCAAAUCAUUCUAUGGCAUAACAGGUCUGUCCAUACAACUUUUCAUUCACCUCCUCUGUGGACUGCAACUGUGGCAACGUGUGUAUGUUGUAACACCUAGUACUGUGCAUACCAGUCUGACUCAAAGCUAUACACCCAAUGAGCAUAGCUUCUUCCUUGUUUCAGGAACAUCAGGAGUAGAACUAAGGUGUCAGUCUAUCCAAGGUAUGUCAGUCAAUACUAUCCAAGGUAUGUCAGUCAAUAGAUUUUCAGUAGCACUCUGUUAUAUAGGAUUGCUUUCACUGGUCUGUGGGUGUUGGUGAAGGGCAUAUUCAUAGACUUGAUUUAUGCUUUUUUGUUCUCAUAUGAGUUACGUUGUCAGGUUCAUCCACCGUGGAUGCAGACAUGACUGAUGUUGAGGAACUGCCUGGGUCCAAUAAUGAUGGCAGCCAAAUCCCAAGUCAAACAGGGGUUACAUUGUCAGUGAUAGACUUGGGUAAAGUGAUGGCCAUUUCUGCUUCCUCUACCCCUUCCACAAAUACAGCUCCUGUGGCUGUUCAUCCCACUUCUUGGACCCAGGACACUGCAAUAGGACAGGAUUUGAAUAAUGCAUCAGCACAGGGAGCACCUUCAUCUACAAUGGCAAAGUCAAUCCAUGCUUGCCACCGGCUCCAUUGAGUGUAAUGAGAACAUCACGGUUUACAGUACUGGUGGCUGAUCAUGCCAUGGGUACCAUUCCCCCUUCCUGAUCUGAAUGUCUGUGUGGCCACUGCUCAGUGUUUGUGCAGGGCCAUUAUACAGAGAGACAGAAAGAAACACAGGCAGCCAUAGUUGAGAUGGUCUGGGUUGUACAUGAUCUGUAUGAUGACCCUGCAGGAGUGCCUGGGCCAUAUAUGCAGCAGUAUGUAGAGGCAGGAUAAUGAGUCUGCACACUGUGUUAUGAUCACUGCUUCUCCCAUGGAAAAUUCACCUUCAGUGUUGAAGCCCACUGUGUGAGGGGAGGGUACUGUCUAGGACCAGUAGCACCACCACCACCACUGUGGAACACUGUGGACAGAGUUGCUGAUGGGGUGUACACUAUGAGACCAAUCAUAACACAGCUUGUUAUUCAAAUUCAUGAAACACUCUGUGCAUGCUGUGGCUAAUGUCUUUGACCUUCCCAGAAGAGAGUGCCUCCAUGGAUAAGGACACACAUGAUCAGUACAUAGAUCUCCUAUGGAUGCACUAGACCUGUCCAUUGGACUCUGGCAUGGUGCUGCAUUGCAUUGCUAUGUCCAUGCAACCCCACACACAAACAUCAGAACCACACACUAUUGCCCAUUCACAUCACAGUGAAGAUGACACCCACUUUCAUCUCAGUCUCCCUGGGUCUCAACACUCACUUGUCCAUGACUAUAGUGCCCCCACUGAUAUAUACAAAUCCAAUCAUAUUGCUUAGCUAAAAAGGCCGUAAAGAUUUCAACAAAGAAAAUUAAAGCUCUUACUUAAAUCCUUCAACUGUCCUGAAAGAUUAGCAUGGCUCUCCUUAUACUCAGUAGCCAUACCAACUGCUCCAAGAUGACUUGCAAGCCAUGAAUGACCCAGUCCUAUUUUAUCUCCUGUUACUUUGCAAAAUCAAUGCCUCUACACACAAUCUAAAGACACAGACUUACACCAAAACAUAAAAAAGACUAGUUGGAGGGAUAGGUGACUAACACAGCAUAUUCCCAGCCUGUGGAAUAAGAUGCCACCAUAGGUCAAAUAAAGUACUAGUUUGGCUGCCUCUAAGGCUAGCCUUGAUGACUGGAUGGGUACACACAAAUUUACUCCAGGCUUAUCAUGUAAAGCCCUGCUCACUUUGGGAAGUCAACAGUAUUGAGUGUUUAACAGGGCUGGCAAGAACUUUUGUGGUUUGUCUGCGUGAGGGUGUAUGUGGCUAGGUAUCUUAUGGUCACCAUGAUCACUUACCUAGUAUUAUUCUUGUGUUCCUAUAUAAGUUUAUGAAUCAUGACUCUAUAUUGUUUACCUUCAUUUGCAUUUGCCAUUACCGUCAUUUUACUAAUGUUGCUCACUUCCAUGUAAUUAUACUAUCAUUUGCAUAUUGUGGUGCCCGUGGCAUUUUGCAACCUAUUGGGGUUGCAAUAAGUUUGUCUCUGAAUUUUUCCUACCCAGAAUAUGGCCACUGUGCAUACAUAUUUGGCUGAUGCAAAAAAAAUAUCAAUUUCUGAAUCCUAGGGAUUGUCAUAGAAACAUAUAAGGGAAAGUAAUUUUAGUUAAGCGAUGUAUCCCAGGUACUGUUACUCUCCUUGACAUGUGCUAUGAUCCUAACCAGACCUUCUCAUCCUUUAUAACGUUUUAACUUGAAUUUUAGUAUUCUUUGGUGCUGGAAAGGCUUUCAUGCUACCCUGAGAGCUGGGAAAGUAUGGAGUAGCAUGCUACCCUGAGCAUAAAGUAUUUUGGAAUCUUGACCCUUAGUGUUUCAUUUUAUUAAUUUUGUUUUAAUUAUUUAUGUUGUUAUAUCUUAUAUUUUUCUCAUUAUGUUUUAUCCAUUAUCAUUUGCACCACUUUUGAUCUGUACAUUGCUUGGGAUCAAGUACUUAAAUAAACUUGAAGUUGAAGCAAAUGACGCCCACAUAAUAUUUUGGCCAAUCAGCAGCCAUUCUUCAGAUCAACUCCUACAAUUCUUUUAAAAGUAUAUCGGACUAAAUAUGUUAUAAUGCAUAUUUCACUCCCAAAUGUAUUAACAAGAUGAAUUUGCAACUAGGAGUUAUCCUAAAUAUGGUUCAUUAGAAGCAGAUCUUGACCUCUUGCUGUGAUCUUGUAACAAAAUGCAAUAGGUGAGAGAAACUAUUCACUUUAGAUGAAACUCCAUUAGGUAUGAAAAUUACUUUCAGAAGAAAACCAUUUCUCUGAGGAGUCUUCCGUCCUGGAAUUACAAAGAACAUCGAAAAUGCAGUCAACAUAAUGAAGUCAUCAGGUCUUGUUCUUUCACAGAAAUCAAGAAAGUAGAUUAACACCUUAAACCUAAAGGAAAACUCCACCUUCUACUACAGUUUAACUCGGCUCUUAGGUUGCUUUUCUCCCUAUUGUAUGCUUCCAGUACUGUGUAAGUACCUGAAGCCUGCUUGUACUUUAUAAAACGUUCUUUUCCUCAUUUUGGUAUCAAAGGAAGGGAAAGACCACCACUGUUUUUAAGCUUAACAUCUCACAUGAGUUGCAGAGGAAUUAGUCUACACUUGCAUGACAUACCACAGACACAGAGAAAUAUGUAGUCAGGAGCUCAGGUUGCUGUAAGCAGUUUUCCAUUGUCUUUAUUGCAGAGAGGUUGAGAACUUACACUGAUUCACAUCUGGUUCAAUGCAGCCAUGUCUUUCAGAGCAAAGCAGAGCAAUUAAAUCAGUCAUGGUUCAAAGGCAGAUGUCACCUCUUUUGACAAAUUUACAUAAGCAGCAUCACAGUACUGAAAUGCUGAGCUUUAAACUAUAAAUGUUUGUUGUUUAUACUAUUUUACAUUUUAAAAUGACUUGAAUGUAGUAUCAAAGAUGUCUGUAACAUUUAGAGAAAAGUCAGAAAAUAUUUUUUCUUGUAAUUCUUGUAAAGUAUAAGCACAUUUAGCAAAGUGUAGGGGAGGGGCUGUCCAUUCAUCUUGGACUACAAAAAGAUACUUUGAACAAAGGCCUGCAAUUUAGCAACUGUUUUGGUUGCAGCUGUAUAAUUCCUUAGUACGCUGUAAAACAAGCCCUAAGGCACAUACAAAUGAGGGCCAUUCAAGAAAUAAAAGAAGCAGUCCUGUUACAGGAGGUAUACAAGAUGACAUUGACUGAUACUAAUCCCAUUAUAUGUCAACAGAAUAGUAAUACACCGCUACUUCGUUAUGUCUAGCAUGACUCAUAUAAACCAGACUUGAAAUGGAUUAUGGGAAAGAAAAAAGCUUGAAGAAAAUUAAGAUCACGUUGAUAUGUCAAGCCCCACUGAUGGCCAUUUUUCAGGAAACACAUUAAAAUUCUAUAUGAAGCAGUCAGAAUGAUUUUGAGAGGUUAAAAUAACUCAGAUAACAGAGAUAGAGUGAAAAAAUAUAUAUUUUUUUAGUUCUAAGGUGGAGUUUUCCUUUAAGAGACACAAGAAUUUAGAAUCAGCUGUUUAUCAGUUAACCAGGCUAAUGACACAAAUUUUACCUUCAGCUGUACCACAAAAAACUCAGAUUUAACUGGAAUGAUGGUGGUGUUGAAAUAGUAAAUGGAAACAUAGGGUGGGAGGUUGUGAAAUGUAUCUGUCAUAGCACUGCCAUUAUAACUGGUGGUAUUUUUUGAGUGUUUGUCCUUAUCAUGAUUACAUGACUGUAAAUUAAUUCUGUUCUCUCCAUUGAUUUUGUUAGGAUUUGUACAGCACUAUGACAGCAAUUUUUGUGUUUUGUUGUUUGUUAUUCAAAUUUACACUUAACUGUGAAAUAUAAUAAAGCAUAUUACUCUAAAAAA